UUCUUGACUUCCCAUGCAUGCACACGCUACAAUCUUUUUACCUUCUCUUUAAUUUCCAAUUUUUUCAGAGUCCAAGCCAUGGACUCCGCGAUUGUUGCCAAAAUCUUCUUGUUUGCUCUUCUAAUCUCAAGCACAAGAGCUCUUGACCCCUGUGCCUCUCAAGCAGAUGGCUCAGAUCUUUCAAUCGUUCCCAUCUACAGCAAAUGCUCACCUUUCAAUCCACCCAAACAGGAUUCGUUGCUUAAUACGGUCCUUAACAUGGCCUCCAAAGACCCACAAAGGCUCAAGUAUUUGUCAAGCCUAGCGGCCCAAAUGACCACUUCUGUCCCAAUUGCUCCAGGCAAGCAGGUCCUAAACAUUGGCAACUAUGUGGUCCGGGUCAAAUUGGGUAGUCCGGGUCAAUUGAUGUUUAUGGUCUUAGACACUAGCAAUGAUGCUGCUUGGGUACCCUGCUCCGGUUGCUUUGGCUGCUCCAGCACCACUUUCAUUACCAAUAUCUCCUCCACUUACGGGUCACUGGAUUGCUCCAUGGCCCAAUGCACCCAAGCCCAUGGAUUCUCCUGCCCGGCCACCGGCACCUCCUCCUGCCUUUUUAACCAAUCAUAUGGUGGAGAUUCCUCUUUCUCAGCUUCUCUUGUGCAAGAUUCUUUAGGAUUAGCCAAUGAUGUGAUACCAAAUUUUGCUUUUGGUUGCAUCAAUUCCAUCUCUGGUGGGUCAAUCCCUCCUCAAGGGCUGUUGGGUUUGGGUCGUGGGCCCUUAUCGUUAAUUUCGCAAACUGAAUCACUCUAUUCGGGUCUAUUUUCAUACUGUUUGCCUAGUUUCAAAUCAUAUUAUUUCUCAGGCUCGCUCAAACUCGGCCCGGCAGGUCAACCCAAAAACAUUAGAACCACCCCACUUUUACGAAACCCACACCGGCCAUCACUAUACUAUGUGAACCUCACUGGAGUUAGUGUAGGCCAGAUUCGGGUACCAAUUGCCUCGGAGCUCCUAACUUUUGACCCGAACACUGGAGCAGGGACCAUAAUUGACUCUGGCACAGUAAUAACACGAUUCAUCGAACCGAUUUACACAGCAAUCAGAGAUGAGUUCAGAAAACAAGUACAAGGGCCAUUUCCAUCUAUUGGGGCAUUUGAUACGUGCUUUGCAGCAACAAAUGAAGCAGUAGCACCAGCAAUAACACUGCAUUUGACAGGCCUGAACUUGGUAUUGCCAAUGGAGAACAGCUUGAUACACAGCAGUGCAGGUUCGCUAGCAUGCUUGGCUAUGGCUGCAGCUCCAAAUAAUGUGAACUCAGUGCUUAAUGUUAUAGCCAACUUGCAGCAGCAGAACCUUAGGAUCUUGUUUGAUGCGCCCAAUUCUCGCUUAGGAAUCGCUCGUGAGCUGUGCAACUAGAUUUUUUUUUUUGGGCUCUUGAUUUGUAAUUUGUUGUUGUGUUUGCAAAGUUAUAUGUUUCUAUGUAAUAUAGGUGGUGGAUUUAAUAAAUAGGAAAAGUCCUGUGUUUAUGUUGUCUUGCUA